GCUAGCGGAAGUGACGCAGACGACAGUGGUUCCGUUGAUGGUUUGUGUCUGUCCGAGCGUCUGAUCGUUUCUGAUCGGUUCGAUUUAUCGUGAUCAGAAGCAUAAACUCAGCGUAACAGAUGUCAUUCGGUGUCCCUCACAGCGCCGGGCGGCGCAGUAAGUGGGACCAGGCCGGCCCGGGUUCCUCGGGUUCCUCUGAUGGAGGUUCUGCUCCCACCGGAGCUCUGGACGCCGCGGCCGCUGUCGCCGCUAAGAUCAACGCUAUGCUCGUGGCUAAAGGGAAACUCAAGCCGUCUCAGAUCAACAGCGCCGCUCCGGCUGAUAAAGUUUCAGGUGCGGCGGCGAGUAAACUGAAGGACGAUCUGGUGGUGGCAGAAGUGGAGAUCAACGACGUCCCGCUGACCUGCCGAAACCUGCUGACCCGCGGACAGACUCAAGACGAGAUCAGCAGAGUGAGUGGCGCUGCUGUGUCCACCAGGGGGCGCUACAUGUCCUCAGAGGAGAAGAGCAAAGCCCUGCCCAGUGACCGUCCGCUGUAUCUGCAUGUUCAGGGCCAGACCCGAGACCUAGUGGACAAGGCCGUUAACAGGAUUAAGGAGAUCAUCACUAACGGUGUGGUGAAGGCCGCCACCAACUCGACCUACAGCGGAGCGACGGUCACUGUGUACCAGCAGCCCGGAUCCACCACUUUACCCACAAUCCCCUCUGCUGCACACAAACCACACUAUACAGGCGGCAUGCACUAUGUGCAGGAUAAGGUGUUCGUGGGGCUGGACCAGGCGCUGCACGGUUUCAGUGUGAAGGAGUGUGUGGAGGGUCCGGGCUGCUCGUAUCUUCAGCACAUUCAGGCAGAGACGGGAGCCAAAGUGUUCCUGCGGGGGAAAGGGUCGGGGUGUCUGGAGCCGGCGUCAGGGCGGGAGGCGUUCGAGCCCAUGUACAUAUACAUCAGUCACCCAAAACCAGAAGGACUCGCUGCUGCAAAAACCCUCUGUGAAAACCUCCUGCAGACCGUUCAUGCUGAGUAUUCUAGAUUCCUGAAUCAGAUGAGCAGUGUGAUGCCCACUCAGGGUUUUCUCCAGCCUCCUGCUAUGAACGGGAUGCCUCCUCAGUCUCAGUAUUAUCCUCAUCCUCCCGCCGGAUUCCAGCCGUAUCCGGUUCCUGUUCCUCCGCAGCCCGUCGCUCCUCCGUAUCCGGUGUCUCCCGCGGCCCCGGGGCCCGCCCCCCCCGCGCAGUAUCCCCUCGCGCCCGCUAGCGUCCCGGCACAGACUCUUCCUCCAGCUCAGUUCCCGCCCCCUGCCAUGGCUCCACCCUCACUCUCAGCUCCUCCCAGACCCGUGGCUCCACCCAGACCUGUGGCUCCGCCCCUCCCGCCACAGAAGCGCCGCUUCACCGAGGAGGUGCCGGACGAGUCGGAGCAAGGCCUUCUGGGAUACCAGCAUGGACCCAUUCAUAUGACUAAUUUAGGUGCAGGCAUGUCUGUGGGCAGCCCAGAGCCGUCAGGACCCCCGUCUGCUGCUUCCUCAGGGCCUGUGAGAGAGAGAGACAGCAGCAGAACGAUCAUGCCGUGUGUGUCAGCGCCGCUCAACGGACUGAGAUCUCAGAAAGCAGACGAAAAGACGGCGCCGCCGAGCCUUCUGGAGCCGCAGGUGAAGCGGGCCCGGGCCGGGCUGGUGGCGUACGCCGGAGAUUCCUCGGAUGAAGAGGACGAUCACGGAGCCUCCAAAGGAUAUACGUACCUCUCGCCUUCUCCUCACCGGCCCAAAACACACACACACACACACACGCCGCAGCCCUUCUGGAUGGCACCGUAGACACACACACACACACACACACACACACACACACAGGUAGCGUCGUCAUUCAUGGCCUCAUCCGCUCCGAAAGACUCUGGCUCAGAUGAGGAGCCGCAGAAGUCAGCAUGUGACUGAUCAUGUGACUGAUGGCAGAUCAUGUGACACCGCUGGACUCACGUUUUAAAGCCGGCUCUGUUUUAGUUUCUUCUUCACUUUGAUUUGUAAUGUAACUGUGAUUCUCUUGACAAAUAAACUCAUUUACUCACAGAA